AUGGCAGCUUUUCGGACCACUCCAUGGAGGUUGAUUUCUGGGGUAUUAGGAGUAAUGUGCCUUUUGUUGGUAGCUGCUUUGGGAAUUUUAUUGAAAAAUUCAUUUACUAAACAAAGUGUUCAGCCAACUCUCUCUCCAGGACCCUCCACAGAUCUCCGAGAAGGAUCUGGCUGCUGUUCUUGCCAAGAAAAGUGGGUUGGCUACCAAUGCAACUGUUACUUCAUUUCUAAUGAAAUGAAAACAUGGAAAGACAGUAGGAAUUUUUGUGUUUCUCAUAACUCCAGUCUACUUCAGAUACAAAACACGAGUGAACUGCAUUUUAUGACCUCCAGUUCCUAUUAUUACUGGACUGGACUCUCUUACAGUGAAGAACAUGGUGCCUGGUUGUGGGAGGAUAAUUCUACUCUCCCCCAAGAUCUAUUUCCAUCCUUUCACCCUCAAAAUCUGAUGAACUGCGUACUAUAUGGACCAAGUAGAGGUGUUUUGGAUCAGCCCUGUGGAAAAGAAAAUCGUUAUAUCUAUCAUCCCACUCCAUCUUCUUCAUGGAAAUUCGUUGCAGUGUUUCUGUGGAUCAUUUGUCUGGGGCUUCUUUUGUCCAUUGGAUACUUAGUCUUUGAGUUGAAUAAGAAGCCAUUUCAAUCAGAAGGAUGUCCAAAAAAUAUCUCCUCCAACAAGGAAGCAAAUAACACAGUCAUUUGGAAAUGUCCUGCUUGUUCAAACAACUGGCAUCAGUAUGGAGAAAACUGCUACUAUUUUUCAAGAAAUGAACAUCCUUGGAAAGAAUGUCACCGUUAUUGCACUGAUUUAGAUUCAAGAUUUCUUAAACUGGAUAUUGAAGAAGAAAUGCGCAGGUCACUACUCAUUACAUAA